AUGGAACAAGGCUUCAGUUUACACACGCUGAAGAAGCUGGCGGCGGAGCCGGACUACACGGACGUUUCUCUGACGGCGGCGGAGCGAGUGCGAGCGCUGGGGAAGCUGGGAAACAGCGUGGACAUUAACGAGGACGUGGAACCACGACGGUACCUGCGGUCCGGAGUAGAGAUGGAACGCAUGGCCAACGUUUACCUGGAGGAGGGAAGCCUGGAGAACGCCUACGUCCUCUACACCAAGUUCAUCACUCUGUUUGUAGAGAAGCUUCCGGCUCACAGAGAUUAUCAGCAGUGCAGCGUUCCAGAGAAGCAGCUCAUCAUGAAGAAACUUCAGGACGUUGCGUUUCCUCGCAGAGACGAGCUGAGGAAACGACUUCAGGAGAAAUACAGCAGGGAACACAGCGAGUACCUCAGAGCCCAGAGCCAGGCGGCGGUGCUGGUGGAUGGGUGUGGCCAGCAGCUGCAGCGCCUCUCCCUAUUGGAGGAGGAGCGUCAGCGCGUCGCCGGCCUGCGGAGGAUGCAGAUCGAGUCUGAACAGUUUCGCUACUUUGAGGAUCAGCUGAGGCGUCAGGAACUAGCCAAUAGGAGAGGAGAGGAGGCGGAGCAAAAGGCGGAGAUCAAAGUGCCUGAGGUGACGGAUGGCUCCUGUCUGUCUCAGCAGCCAAUCAGAGACCGAGUACGAUCCCAGGGGGCGGAUCCUAACAGAAAGAGACCGCCUCCUCCUGUCAGCCAACCAGCCGCCACGCUGGCUGGAGUACACACUCAGAGAGUGGAGGGUCUGAGGAGAGUUGUGAUUCCCAGAGAUCUGACGUAUCGUUUCCUCCUGCUGGCCGACUCCAACACAACCAGAGGCAUCGAAACCUGCGGCGUGCUCUGUGGACGGCUGCACCAUGAUGAGUUGGUUCUGACCCACGUUGUGGUUCCCAAACAGUCGGCGGGUCCAGAUUUCUGUGACAUGGAGAACGUAGAGGAGCUGUUCAGCUUCCAGGACCAACAGGACCUGCUGACGCUGGGCUGGAUCCAUACUCAUCCCACCCAGACGGCCUUCCUCUCCAGUGUCGACCUCCACACUCACUGCUCCUAUCAGCUGAUGCUGCCGGAGGCCGUCGCCAUCGUCUGUGCUCCUAAACACAACGAUACUGGUGUGUUCAGGCUGACAGCAGCAGGAGUCUCUGAGGUUUCCGGCUGCAGACUGAAAGGUUUCCAUCCUCACUGCAAAGAGCCUCCUCUCUUCACUGUGUGUAAACAUGUGAUGGUGAGAGACUCAAAGAUCAGCCUGUUGGAUCUCAGGUGA